AAUAAAAUAAAAAAGAUAUAUAUAAAUAUAGAUCAUGAGGCAGGCCGGAAUAUACUCUGGUAUACUCUCCGGGGGGAUAUCGGGGAGGACCGGGCCGCAUUCGUUACCGCUUGCAAGGAUAAAGAAGAUCAUGAAGAGGUCUGGAGAGGAUGUGAAGAUGAUAUCUGGAGAGGCACCAAUUGUGUUUUCAAAGGCAUGUGAGUUGUUCAUUGAGGAGCUAACUGUUAGAGCAUGGAUGGUGACUUUGCAAGGCAAGAGGAGAACUCUUCAUAAGGAGGAUGUUAUGGCUGCUGUUUCAGCUACUGAUUUGUUUGAUUUCCUUGUUGAUUUGGUCUCAGUCUCUAAUGGUAAUGGUCAUGCUAAUGUUGUGGCUAAUUCUCAUGACAUGGUCUUUGAAAGAUAAAGAUAAAGAUGGAAUUAAAAGUUUCAUUAAUGUAUUCAUAUAUAUAUAUAUAUAUUUGUUUGAUUUAGGUGAAAGUAUUGAACUGUU